GGAACUCAAUCUCUAGAAGAGACUUGCCGCCAGGGCAGUUGAAUGGCCAGCUUACGACUUUAAUAGUUGAGGCGGCAUCUGGGCCCCUUGCUGAACGGCCGUCCUCUGGCAGGGCGAUUUUGCUUUUAAAACAACCAUGUUCACCUUUAACUGCAAACGGCUGUGACGAGAGUUGUAUUUAAUUUUAAAUUGCCCAUGUCCAGUAACCCUCUGUACCUCUUUAAAUAAUAAAAUGUUUUUAAUCUUCCUGCAGCUCUGUUCUCUGUGUGGGGGCUUGCUGUUUUUGGAAGAGGAGGGGGCUUCUGUGCCUCCUCUCCACUCCCUUUCUUUUCCCUUUCAAACUCACCGGGACUUCUAGAAAAUGCCAUUUUGCUAAGAGUGGAAUCCGGCCUGUAAAGUCUCCGGAGUGAGUGCUGGGAAGUUUAUAAGCAGAGGCCGCGCGGGGUCAGUCAGGAAUGUCAGCCCCUGGGGCUGAAGUGCUUCCUUUGUGGGCCGAACCCAGAAGUCCCUUUGUAUUGCUGACCCAUUAAAGAGUCCAUAACUUUUUCUCCCCAUUCCCCGCCUCCAACUUCAGGGGGGCUUGAUUUGUCUGUUAUAAUCGGAAACAGAUUUUGGGCUCCUGAUCCAUUAUAGAUGUGUUUGAGAUGGAUGCCAAACCUGAACCUGAAGCCACUUAAAGAGCAUGUGAACAUGUGUUUAGAUGUAAAGGAAAGAAAGGAAGAGAGAGGAUGAGGAAAGAAAUAGCCUCUUCCAAAUCCCCCAAGCUAGAAACAAUCCUGAAAUGAUAACACACAAGAAAAACAAAACAAAACAAACAAACAAACAAACAAAAAACUCCAUUUAGACCGUAAGAAAGCAUGGGAGGAGAAAAUUUGGCUCCAGAGUCAGCCAAGUUGGUGCUUAGUCUGGGAUGAACAGCCCGGUGAAGGUUAAAGGAGGCAGGAGACCACACAUGCCUGCGCACUCCGGGAAGCAUGGUUCAGGUGGGGCCUCCCGAGUCCAGGGGAAUGUGUGUCCCAGGCUUGGAGCAGAGGGUGGCAGGUGGGUGGGGCCACAUGGGAAGCACUCAUGUUGUGCCCAGCAGGUCCAUGUUUCUAUCCCGGAGACCCUUGGGUUAGGAAAUAUUGAUGCUCUGUAUUUAUAAACAAUCUUUAAGGGGAUCUAGUACCAACACAAAUAGUCAACCUCAGGCUAAUCAAGUGGCCUCCUCUCAACAGGGGAGAGAAGCCCAUUGCUCUGAUUUUCUGGAUCAACACAGCUCCAGAUUUAUUUUCCUUUUUAAUUCUCAAGAGGGGCCUGCUGAGUUGAGCAUUGCCCAAGUAUUGGUUUCUUUUCAUCCCUGUGGAAUUUUUUUCCCUUCUUUAAUGAAAGAGUCAGGUGAAUUGGCUGUGCUGGGCCCUCCACCCAGUCAUGGUUGUCCUGGUGACGCCUGGCUGCAGGGUUUCGAAAGUGGCCCCUCAUUUCAGCUGUCCUUGAGGCUCAGUCCUGUGUUCCCCCUGCUGCCGCCACCCACCCAGCACCCGCCACCCGGAAACGUUUGUAGUGCAGCUGCUGGUCCAGAACUCGAACUGAUGUGUCUCUCACUCCAAACAAAAAAUAAACCUGUGUGCUUUAUGGAUGUGUUUUAGAGGUGCGCCUGUGUGUUUUUUUCUUGACAAGCUCAUUCCCUACAGCUGUGCAGUCACAGCCUACUUUGAAAUCUGCAGCAUGUGUAUAUUUUUAAGUGAAUAAGUACGAAGAGAUGGGAAGAUGUGGUUUGACUGUAAUCCCACGUAAAACUGACCCCAAUUUUUAAAAAAUUAUUUCAUUAAAAUAUUGUAGGAGACUGUUACUGAGAAGAAGAAAGUUUCUAAGUUGAUGGGAUUCUUGUGUCUCUUAGUGUAGGGUUGACUUUUUUUUUGUCACCAUGGAGAUGAGAAACAUGGGGCUUCAUGGCGUCAUCUGCCCCCACUGGGGGAGGGCUUGUUGGCACAGGUCACCUCUGGAUCAACGUCAGCCUCAUCUGCUGGAGAUGGGAGAAGUUCAGGUUGGCUAGGGGUUUACCCUGUGCCCUCCUCAACUAGAGUUAAAAUGACCUUUUUGUGCCUUGGGAAGACAACCUUGGUAACAAUUUAUGGAGCUUAGCAGUGAUCAGUGUUUGGAUUUUCUCUUUCUUCAACCCCUCCCCUUUCUGGAAGACUUGUAGGAGGAAAGGGGAGGUUUUUCUGUGUAUAGAUUGGUGUCGGUUUCUUAGAAGUUUCUUCUUUUCACGUUAAAAAAAAUUGUUUGCAUCCCUCCUCUUAGAUAAGGAUCCAUCAACAUCCUUGUUAGAGCCCAGUGCCGAGGGGACCCUGGGGCACGUACUGUUUUCAAGGUUAGAGAGCAACAAACUUUCCGAGUAGCCAGAGUUGCAGGGGAGGAGGGUUCUUUGGGUUCAAGGUUACCCGUUUUUCCUCUGCUAGGAAGAAAGCCUUUUUGUUUUCUUUUGCCGACUUCUUCCAAUAGCUUAGAGCAAAUAGAUUAGCAACCCAGCAGAAACCAAACCAAGGAACAAAUAAAGGGGAAGUUCGCAGAGGGCCCUUGGCUGGGGGCUGGGGGCUGGGGGCUGGCUGCUGCCGAGGAGGCCAACUUGCGGUUUUCCAUUUUCACGUUGAACCGCGUUGUCUCAGCGUUCGCUGGUAUUCACAAAAUCAGAACGAAAGGAAGGUGGUGGUGGGAGGGGACACUUUUCAGGAGCGGUCGGGGUGUGGGGAAAGUAUGCCCAGCUGCGUGUUAUUAGCAGCCUUCAAAUAAAGUUUAUGGAAGGUUCUGGCCCCCACAGCCAUGCCUGGGAAGCUUCUGCGUUCUUAGUAGGUGUUUUGAAUUCUGUGAGAUGGAACUGAACAUUUAAAAACAGUUACAGGAACAUCUCCCCAAGUAGGUCUUCCUGAGAAUUUCUGUGUACAUGGAACUCUGUUUUCCUAGCAAGCAUCAUUGUAUUUUUAGAAAUGUUUUCUUUUCUCCUUGCCCGUCAGUUAGCCAAGCCUCCUACCACUCACUUUCUGUUGUGUAGUUCUGAUUUUAUGAACAGGUGUUUGGAUGAUGAGGGGUUAUAUUAAAAAAAUACUAAAGAAUACGUCUUAUCACGUGAAUCAGUAUCUUUUUAUUCAACGUGGAUGGAGUGGGAGUGGAGACCAAUCUGUUUUAUAUUCCUACAAUCUGACGAGGAUGGUCACAAGAACAAAGAAAAUAUUUGUAGGCGGGUUAUCUGCGAACACAGUAGUGGAAGAUGUAAAGCAAUAUUUCGAGCAGUUUGGCAAGGUGGAAGAUGCAAUGCUGAUGUUUGAUAAAACUACUAACAGGCACAGAGGGUUUGGCUUUGUCACUUUUGAGAAUGAAGAUGUUGUGGAGAAAGUCUGUGAGAUUCAUUUCCAUGAAAUCAAUAAUAAAAUGGUAGAAUGUAAGAAAGCUCAGCCGAAAGAAGUCAUGUUCCCACCUGGGACAAGAGGCCGGGCCCGGGGACUGCCUUACACCAUGGACGCGUUCAUGCUGGGCAUGGGGAUGCUGGGAUACCCCAACUUCGUGGCGACCUAUGGCCGCGGCUACCCCGGAUUUGCUCCUAGCUAUGGCUAUCAGUUCCCAGCCCUAUUACCAUAUUUAAAUGCAAGCUUCCCAGCAGCGGCUUACGGACCAGUGGCAGCAGCGGCGGUGGCGGCAGCAAGAGGAUCAGUCCUGAAUAGCUACAGUGCUCAACCGAAUUUUGGCGCGCCCGCUUCCCCGGCAGGCUCCAACCCGGCGCGGCCCGGAGGCUUCCCGGGGGCCAACAGCCCAGGACCUGUCGCCGAUCUCUACGGCCCUGCCAGCCAGGACUCCGGAGUGGGGAAUUACAUAAGUGCGGCCAGCCCACAGCCGGGCUCGGGCUUCGGCCACGGCAUAGCUGGACCUUUGAUUGCAACGGCCUUUACAAAUGGAUACCAUUGAGCAGGUGCUUUCGUUGCCAUCUCACUCUGAGAGCAUACCUGGAUGUCCAGGCAAGACUGGGCGAAGUUUCUGAGUGGCCCUUUGUUUAGGUGAUGUCCUCAGACCUGGACCCCCACCAGCCUCACUCCCCAUCCCAACCAGAGAUGGCUCACUUCGGAUCGAGGGUUGACUACAUCUCAUCAUCUCACGAAUCUGCUGUAAUAUAAGACAACAGCUUUUAAAUGUGUAUAUAACCCAUGAUUUCAGUUUGUUUUGUUUUGUUUUUCUUGAUGGUUUCCCUCUCCCUUCCUGUCUUCCCAUUCUCCUUUUAAAUCUCUUUGAAUCACAUUUGGUAGUGAUUUUGACUUAGUCCAGUAGUCACAUAGCUUUAAUAUCUAGUUCAAAGCUAACCAUAGUAUAAUUGUUAUAUUAAGGAGUUAUUUUUUCUUAAAAAAAUUUUUUUUUGCUUGUUUUGGUUCUGUUCUCACUUUUAAAGGAUGCUGAGAUGGUAAUAUUACUCUCCCUAUUUUGGUACCAAUUCUGAGACUGUAUGAAUUUUCAGGUGGAACUUGAGCACACACUGAAGCAAAGUUGUGAAGUGCGGGGCGGGAGGUGGGCAUGAGCUUUCUAUUUUGCGUUGUAGAAGAAGUGAGAUGUAGUAAGCUAAUUAACAGACUCUCUAGCAGUUCUUUUUGUGAUGUCUCUUUGUUAAUCUGAGUCUAUCUAUUUUCGGCAAUAAGGUAAGGACGACAGUGUUUUGGGUGUCCUCCUUUUCUAUAAGUGCUUUUUUUCUGUUGAAAGAGGUGAUAUUAUAAGGUUUUUUGAAAUUGUGAAUUCUAAAAAAGAAAUGUUGUAAAUACAAUUCCAUUAACUACAUAGAAACUAUUAAGAAAGAGAGAAUCAAAAAUAUUUUUGUGAGGGAGUCGGUCCCAGGCAGUUUGAUGCUCUGUGGAAGGAGGCGGGAAGGGAACGUUGGCCAAGUCAGUUACUGAGAUGAAGAUCGCCCAGCUGCCAGGACCACCCCAGGACAAGUUAGAGCACUGUUUAGCUCCUUUGUCUGUGUGAUAGACCUAAGAACUGUAUUAGUGUUGUACCAGCCUAUUAACCUCUUGUCUGUGCACAGCUUCAAAUGUUACCGUCUAGUUAGAUUUUUAUUUAAAAUAUGAAAAACUGCUUUUCCCAAGACGUUUUUUAAAAACAAAGCUACAAUUUUAAUAUUUAACAUAUUUAAAGUUUCAAAGCACACCUGUUUGGCUUGGGUGGGGGUGGGGUGGGGGGGAUAUUCUUUUUCAGUCUUAAUUUUUAAAUAUUUGAUCAUUUUCUAUUGUCCAAUCAUUUCAGCACCUCCAAAGGUUCCUAGGACACUUUGCCUCUCUUCUCCCCCUGCUCCCCACCCCGCUCCCAGAUCUGGGGGCCCAUGGGCCAGGAGUGGAUAAGCCUGCAUUAAUACAACCUUUCUCCAUUCACUUUCUAUUUACAAAUUAGGAAAGCAACCUUUUGGUUUAUAUAUUUUUUUUAAUACCUCAGUGCUGCAAGUAUCACCAGAGAGGCUAUGGAAGAAUUUUUUUUUUAAUUUAUUGUAGAUGUAAACAGAAUUUUAAAAAUAAAAAGUAUAAACAUCACUGCACUGUGACUGGUGGGAAAAACUGACAGUUUCCUCUUUGCACAUGUUUAACAUUUGGCUGUUAUAAUAUAUGGUCCUCGGUUGGGGAAAGAUACUUAUGAUGAAGGAUAUUUUUUAAUUUAACUUUUUUUUAAAUAUUGGUAAUAGGUCGGCAACAGCAACUAUAGAAGUACAACUCAAUAGAUGGCAUUAAAACAUAUUGUAGUGUGGAUAUAUAUUUUUUCUUUUUUAAAAUGUGAUAUUGACGUUUUAUUAAUAUUUUUUAAAUUGUUACGUUUAUAAAUUUGGUACUUAAGGCACAGCCAGUAUGAGACACUGAAUGCGACAUUUAUUAUAAAGAGCUGCUGCACUCCUAUUUUUAUAAAUUUUACUAACAAAGUAGACUAAUGUAGACAUUCACAGACAUGGUAGGGCAAAAGCAUCUUCAAACUAAAGACUCCAAAAUGCUAACUCAGAAAGAAAUUAAAAAGCCUUUUUCAAUUCUAAUGAAACAGCAACAACAUUUUUUUUUAAUUAAAAAAAAAUCAUGUUCUUUGUUUUUCUAAUAAAAUGUUAGGUUGUUUGGUGAGGUUUUUUUAUUGCUUUUUUCCUUUCUUUGUUUCUUUUCUUUUCCCCCAAACAACCAGAUUAAAUGCUGAGCGCUUUUAAAAUAUCAAAACUUGUUCAAGUCAUAAAACAACAAAACAGAAGUUUUAUUUAAAAAAAAAAAAAAAAAAAAGAAAGAAAAAAUAGUAAAUUCCCAGAAAUUCAGUGUUUAGACGAGGGAAUUUAAUUCCUAGUUUGUCCAUGUUGGUGAUGUACUGUACUUCCCUUCCUUUUCUCUGCAUCCCCCAUCACCUCAUAGAAGACUCUUUGUUGAUCAUUGUAUGUUAAUAAUGUAUAAAAUGGCUAUCUUGUAAGCGUGCUGUCCUGGUACUAGUGUAGCGACUUUUUUUCUCCUCUUUCUUCUAGUACAUAUUGAUAGGUAUAACAUAAUUAAGGUUUAAAAAAAUUAGACAUAGUUAUUCAGAUUUAGGACCAGUAAGGAUAGAACUUUCUCUUAUUUAUGAAAAAAAAAAAAAGCUAAUAAUUUUGGGGCAGUUUUUUCCUUUAAUUAUUUUUUUCAAUUUCAAGUUUAAUUUUAUUUUAGCUGAUCUGAUGUGGUUUCAACUAACCCAAGGUCUCACCAUGUUAAAAUGCCGGCGGACUCUACGGCGUUUUGUAGAUUCCCCACCCCCCCCCACUGUGAAGGGGUGCCAUACUACCUUAAAUGCUAAUGCUAGAUAUGCAAAACUGGAUUUUUUUAAUUUAUUUUUUAAAAGAGGGAGGCAUGGUAUAUUAAAAUGAUUUUACUAAGAGAAAAAUAUUUUUUUAAGAAUGCUCAGAAGAAAUUGAUAAUCUGUGUGAAUAUGUUUUAGAUGUUUAUAUACCUUUUGAAGAGACCCAGUAGCCCAUAGCACAAAUCUUGUGGAAAUCCGAUAUGUUUUAAUGUGGCUACCUAGGUUUAAGGUUCACGUUAGUCCCCCCAUCCAUCUAGAAGUCCAUUUUGAAAGAUUUUUGUAAAUUCUUUUAGCACUGAUGUUCAGCCUUGUCUUUGUUUCAGUUAAGCUCAAUGGCGAACAUGGGAACCACCUUUCGCCUUCCCUGGGGGAGAAACCCUCUUGGCUGAUGGCUUUUCCCCGGAAUUAUCAAACAGCCACCGGGUGACUUUCUGGCUUCCAGAUCCAUCUGCCUGAGACCCCCGAACUCCUCUCCUCCCAAGCAGAGGCGAGUGAGUGGCAUUAGCUCCCGGACCCAUUCCCGGUUCUAGCUGGGCAUGGGGCUGACGGAUAUGACCAAGCCUUGGUCUGCUCUCUAGCAGCUUCCACAGACUUGGCUCGUGGCCUUCCUCAUAUCCAUUGGGAAAACCAAACAGCCUCGCGCUCUAUCCCAGUCGCCCAUUAGCUUGAUUCAAACGAAGCCCCAACAGGCCUUUGCGU